UUUUUGUUCUCCAAGUUCAGCUCAGUGCUCUGCAGCCUGCAUACAGUUCCUCUCUGCUGCUCUCUUUCGUUGUUUGUUUUUUUGUUCCUCAAUGGUUUUGUUUGCUCGCCUCGGUUACUACUGUGUGUGUUUUCACUUGGGGAUUUGGACACCGUGAGGAUGCGUUUUUUUGUGGAGGAACAAACACUCAAAGUUGUCUCUUCGGACGAUCCGGGCUCUUGUUAGUGGAUACAUAGAUGUGUUUCGGGUUGGAAUGAACAAUGGUGCGGAUCCUUGGUGCUCUGGCCGAGGGCAUGCUCUGCUUUCGGCUACUGUUGCUGUGCGUCGUGGAUUUGGAGCUAGGAGCGGGUCUCUCUACUUUCCAGGGUUUCUAUCUUCCACCUGCGAACGGGUCUCUCCUCACACCUGCCCGGAGGACCGACGGGGUGGUGCGGACCAUUGACCGGAUUUACCACGGGGGUGGGAAGGUGGGCUACUUACUGUACCUGGACGGGAGUCGCUUCCAGCUGGACAUGGAGCGGGACGAGUCGGUGCUCUCGCAUCACUUCGGCACUCAGUCUGUGCUUUCUCUGAUGGGGGACGCUCCUCUGCAACGGGAGUGCGCGUACCGUGGGACGGUGGACUCCAACGCGGAGUCCCUGGCCGUCUUCAACCUCUGCGGUGGGGGGCUCGAGGGCUUCUUCGCUGUGGACCACGCGCGCUACACCAUCACGCCAAUCGUCAGGGCUCGAGGACACGAGCACGACGCACGCGCGCUACAGGACAAGGACGCGGAGAGCGCACUCCACGUUUUCACGCGCGAGAGUUUCAGCUUCGAGGCCAUGCGUGAGGGGCGCGAGAGCUGCGGGACACGCGACAGGGGGAGAGGACGCCGGGAUGCGACAAAGAGACGCCGGGACAGAGGGGUGAAGAAGGGGAGAGAGAGGCGCGCGCAGGAAAGCGCAGAUGACCAUGGCGCGCGGAGCAAGAGGUCGGUGUCUCGCGCCAGGCACGUGGAGCUGCUGCUGGUGGCCGACGACACCAUGACUCGAAAAUACGGGACGGACCUGAACCACUACCUGCUCACUCUGGCCUCCAUCGCAUCCAAGCUGUACGGGCACGCGAGCAUCGAGAACCCCAUCCGGCUGUCCGUGGUGAAGGUGCGCGUGCUCAGCGACAAGGAGAAGGGGCUCGAGGUGACCAAGAACGCUGCAGCGACCCUGAAGAGUUUCUGCAGGUGGCAGAACCAGCAGAACCCGCGAGACGACGACCACAAGGACCACUACGACGCCGCCAUCCUCUUCACCAGGCAGGACCUCUGUGGCCACCACUCCUGCGACACGCUGGGCAUGGCGGACGUCGGCACCAUCUGCUCCCCGGAGAGGAGCUGCGCCGUCAUCGAGGACGACGGGCUGCACGCUGCGUUCACUGUCGCGCAUGAGAUAGGUCACCUGCUCGGUUUGUCCCACGAUGACUCCAAGUUCUGCGAGGAGAAGUUCGGGGUGAACAGCGACAAGCGGCUCAUGUCCUCCAUCCUCACCUCCAUCGACGCCUCCAAGCCCUGGAGCCGCUGCACCUCGGCCACCAUCACAGACUUCUUUGACGAUGGCAACGCCGAGUGUCUCCUGGACUCCCCCCGCUCCCCCCUCCUGGGCCCCGAGGAGCUCCCGGGCCAGAGCUACGACGCCGUCCGCCAGUGCCGCCUGGCCUUCGGGCCGGAGUACACGGUGUGCCCGGGGAUGGACGUGUGCUCCCGCCUGUGGUGCGCCGUUAUCCGCCACGGACAGAUGGUGUGUCUGACCAAGAAGCUGCCGGCUGUGGAGGGGACGCCCUGCGGGAAGGGGCGCAUCUGCCUGCAGGGGAAGUGUGUGGACAAGACCCGCAAGAGACACUACUCGGCGUCCAACCACGGCAGCUGGAGCUCCUGGGGUCCUUGGGGUGGGUGCACCAGGACGUGCGGAGGCGGGGUGAAGUUCGCCCAGCGCCUGUGCAACAACCCGCCGCCGCGCAACAACGGGCGCUACUGCACGGGGAAGAGAGCCAUCUACCGGUCCUGCAACGUCACGCCAUGUCCGCCAGCCAAUAAGAACUUCCGGCAGGAGCAAUGUGAAGUGCGCAACGGUCCCCAGACGGAUCCUAAGGGGGUGAAGACGUUUGUUGAGUGGGUGCCGAAGUACGCCGGAGUCCUGCCCAAAGACGUGUGUAAGCUGACCUGCAGGGCCAAAGGAACAGGAUACUACGUGGUGUUCUCUCAGAGGGUGGUAGACGGGACCGAGUGUCGUCCCUACAGCAGCUCGGUGUGUGUGAAAGGGAAGUGUGUGCGGACGGGCUGCGACGGCAUCAUCGGCUCCAAGCUGCAGUUCGAUAAGUGUGGGAUAUGUGGGGGCGACAGCACGGGAUGUAUACGUGUGGUGGGCAACUUCACCAAGAAAAGUAAGGGCUACACGGACGUGGUGAAGAUCCCGGCAGGCUGCACCCACAUUAAGGUCCGUCAGCACAAGGCGAAGGACCAGACGCGCUACACCGCCUACCUGGCCCUGCGCCGGCCCAGCAACGAGUACCUCCUCAACGGCAAGUUCAUGAUCUCCACCUCCGAGACCAUCAUCCCCCUCAACGGUUCUGUGCUCAACUACAGUGGCUGGAGCCAGAGGGACGAGUGGCUCCACAGCAUGGGGCCCGGGGCCCUUCAGGAAUCUCUAGUGGUGCAGAUCCUAGCGACGGACGCUAAGAAGCCGCUGGAUGUUCGCUACAGCUUCUUCAUGCCACGGAGGAAUGCUCCACAGCCCCAACUCAGCCCCAAGUCCACCCCUACACAGAGCACCACCACCACCACCACCAGAAGCACCACUACCACCAGAAGCACCACUACAUCUUGCUCCACUCCCAAAAUCCUGGUCCCGACGGCUCCAGGCCCCUCUACCCCCCUCCCAGGGCCCCACUGGGUGACGGGGUCCUGGAUGAGCUGCUCUAGGACUUGUGACACUGGCUGGCAGAGCCGGACUGUGCAGUGUAAGGGCCAGGAGGGGAAGCUCUCCAAGGGCUGCACGUUGGGGGUCCGACCCUCCGCCUUCAAACACUGUCUGGUGAAGAAAUGCUGAGGCGGCAGGAGAGGGGGAACAAUUGGUAGGACGUUUAAAGGUCUGGAGUUCUUGGUGUCGGACUCCUUAAACAGGACUGUGAAUGUUGAGCGGCUCCACAGAGACUCUGGAUGUACCUGACUAAACGCCGGAGGAAUGUCCUGGAAUCGCAGUAGCUAUGCAGUAGAGACCGCCCGGACAGACUCAAAUUGCAUGUUUGCAACGGAUUGUCUUUACUUCGGCCUCCAGACCCUGGAGGCUCAGUGUGUGUUGCCCUGUAAUGGCAUGUCGUGUUUGUGUAUGGUAUUCCAUGUGUUCUGAUCACUGUGGGGAUUCGGAAGUCGCUUCCAUUUGUCCGUGAGAACGAUGGGGAUUGGAUUGAAAGAUAUCGUUAUUAGCUUGCCGUCAUUUCUGCCGAAUGUCCCGCGGUGGGUGUACUGCGUCGCAAAUUGCUCUAGUAACUGAAACGCUUGUCAAAUGUGUUACAGGUUGAAUGUUGAAAAGAUCACUCUCCAUCUUCUGAUCGACUACCAAUAUUCUUCCCGUAAAAUAUUAUUUAUGAGCCACUCAGUGACGGAAAUGUCCCAGUAACAGGAGUUAUACAAAUGAUGGUCCUGGAUAAGGGCUACCCGAUGCCCCGACUAUAAGCGCUCUGCGUCUUUAUUUGAACGAUCUGUCCAGCUGAAAAACGAGAGGCAGCACAAGAAGGGAACACUGGUUUCUCGUGUCCUAGAAUGAAUGGUGAAUUACGUCCUAUCCCAAAAUAUUUUUCUCAUCUCAAGUUCUUGCAGCGUAUACAAGAAAACUCUGUAAGAAAGCUUUUCCUAAAGACACAAGUCACCUGUGCAGCGUAUGGUGGCCUUCAGAGGACAAACUUUACAACAGUUAGGUUGACAUAGGGGCAAAGUAACCAUGACACUCCUUAACAUUUAUGGAGGUUUAAAAUGACUCACAGGCUUAGGGUAAUUAUUGAUGUGUGUGUAGAGCUUCAACAAACAAUUGUUUUCAUUAUCAAUUAAUCUGCCAAUUAUUUGAGAGGUUGAAAUGCCAUGGUUUGCGUCAUCCUUAUCAAAAUAGUUGGCUAUUAUGUUUCUGUCGACUGUUGCAGCUCUAGUGUGUGUUUGUGUGUGUGUGUGUCUCAUGUACCCAGGCCUGUGUUUAUGCACAUGUAGUAUGUAUCGACAACGUUUUGAAGCGUCUUCACUCUCGGUUCUGUCGGCAUCAGUCAUUAUGCCGGUGCUGGGAGCUUAACAACCCUCAGGUUUUAUUUUGGAGUUCAAUAUCUGUUCGUUUGUCUGUUUAGGAAGCAAUGCUUAUAUGACAAUGUGUGCCCUGGAUACUCGCAACGACAGCAAGGGAGAUGCUAACGCAGUGUCCUUUUUUGCAAUUCAACACUCAUUCUCUGUUUUACAUCAUGUUUUUGAAAAUGUUUUAAACUGUGUCCUGAUGGGUGGUGUUCGCCAUGUUACAACAAUUCAGAUCGUGCCACUGAUUUUGAAGAUACAAUUCUUCAAAUACUUCAGACAAUCCACAGAGCUCACUGUCAAAAAUGCUACAGAAAUAGUCCCAGUGCCGACAAGGGGACACUGAUUUGGGAUAGUCAUGUUGCUGUUGAUUAUAAGAAAUAGUUUGACAUAUCUGGAAAUACGCCUAUUCAUUUUCUUGCCAAGAAAUAGACAAUAAUAUUGAUACUACACAUGCCUCUCCUCUGAAUAUUAAGCUACAACAAGGAAACUGUUAGCAUAGCUUAGCCUACAGACGUGAAGCUAGGGAGACGACUAGCCUUGAUCUGUCCAAAUAAAACAAAUAUGGCUACAAACAUAUUUUAAUUAACACAUGUGUUUUUUGAACAGUACAUAGUGUAAUAACCUCACCCAUCUGGCACCUGUUCAGGAGAAAACCCAAAUUCAGAUUUAUUUACACAAUAUAGACAUUUUAUACAAUGAGUAGAUCUUUCAUAUAUCUCUAAGUAUUCAACCAUAUAUACACAGAAAUGUAUAAAAACAAACACAUUGGAACAAUCCAUCAGAUCAAUUUAUCUACUCUGACCCUUGCAGUGGGGAAACCCCUCUCGCUGAACGACAGAAACACAGCACUGAACUUGUAAUUUAUUGUUUGUACAACUGCUACGUGUGAAUAAAAGAAAACAACGAGA